UGGGAACGUCUGUGCGAAAUAACUACCAAUAAUCUUCCCCUUUAACUGUUGCACAAGAGAACACUUCGCAUCUUGAAGUCAUUUUGGUCCUCGCUUGGUCAGGAUGAGGCACGUUUGCCGGAGGUUGACGUUUGCUGGUAAGGACGAGGAGCUAGACCGGCUACCAGGCGGAGCAGAACCGGAGCCGACCUCGCUAGAGAGGAUUCCGGCAAAGGCGACCAAACGCUGCGACUUUCUCAGCAGUAGUUCAAAGCACGGGCAUUAUAAAACCACUAGCGCAAACGAAGGACGGCGCGAACAAGUCCGGACCUCCGUGAGAGCACGCGCAUCUUCUUCGACGGCGCACGGACCCGGGCCGAAAGGUCCCGGGACGACACGCGCAUCGCCGCUGCCGAAGCGCGAAAGGGCUUCCUAUCCAAGACUGCGAGGUCCCCGCUCCCGCAAAGGAGUAGAGGACAAUCAAUUUGUAUUCCAACGACAAUCCGGGAGGAGACGGAGACGAACGCGAACGUCCCGUGUAAAUUACAAUCCCUUCCUGCACGCAGCAGUAGCGCACGCAGCGACAUCUGAGAGCAAAAACCGCAAGAGAGCGCGUCGAAACAACUUUCGUGAAGACUCAAGUGAUCCUGAAUACGAAGAGGAAUACAUUAUUCCAUUAAAGCGAAAGACUUCGGUGGGCAGUCGCCUGUCCCGCUACACAUCUGAAUUCUGUGAGCUGGAGAUGAUUGGUUCAGGAGAAUUCGGAGAUGUUUUCAAGUGUGUGAAAAGACUCGAUGGCUGUAUCUAUGCCAUCAAGUAUUCCAGGAAGCUGUUGGCGGGUUCUGUGGCUGAGCAAAGGGCGUUGCAAGAGGUGUAUGCUCACGCAGUGUUAGGACAGCACCCCCAUGUUGUGAGGUAUUACUCUGCAUGGUCUGAGGAUGAGCACAUGCUGAUACAGAAUGAGUACUGCAAUAGGGGCACGCUCGCAGACCUUAUCACACAGAACCAGAGGACUCUGACGUUCCUUUCUGAAACUCACCUGAAGGACCUUUUGCUGCAAGUCUCCCAGGGUCUAAGGUAUAUCCACUCUGCAUCCCUGGUUCAUAUGGACAUCAAACCAAGUAAUAUUUAUAUUUCGCAAAGAGUGGUGGUCACAGGUACAUGCGUAAAUGGUGAUGCAUCAGACAGGAAUGUUGUUUACAAAAUAGGAAACCUUGGUCAUGUCACCCAUGUGAGUCAUGCAAAAGUGGAAGAGGGCGACAGCAGAUAUGUGGCAAAUGAGAUCCUGCAGAAGGCAGACGUUUUUGCUCUGGCUCUUACCGUGAUCAGCGCCUCCGGAGCAGAUGAGGUACCAAGGACAGGGGAGGGCUGGCAUGCCAUAUGGCACAGCCAGCUGCCACACACACCUCGAGUGCUCUCGCCAGAAUUUCAGUGCUUGCUGAAGCUGAUGAUUCAUCCGGACCCAGAGUGCAGGCCAACGGCCUCGGCCCUCACCAAGCACCCGGUCCUCCUGGCUCCGUCCACGCCGGACAUCAACGUGCUGCGGCAGCGCAUUUACGCCGAGAAGUUAAAAACUGCACUGCUGCUGAAGGAACUUAGGGACGUCCAGCUGUCCACAGCCACGGCAGAGGACAGUAUCUGUCACAGUGCAUUCACCUGCUCCGCUGACCCCAGAUGCACUAAUUUCCUUAGGAAACGGAUGAGCCGCUCACUCAGCUUAACAAUGCUCUAAUACUCAGUUAACAUGCACCUUGUGUGCAGUGUUAUCUGUGCUACUGGACUUAGAGUGAAGUUUGGGUGGCUGUUAUUAAUUCGAUCAUUAAUGGCCCAGUGGCCUAAUGGAUAAGGCAUCAGCCUCUGGAACUGAGUAUUGUGGCUUCAGGUGCCAUCUGGGUCUUUUAGAGGAGGAAGUCUUCAACGUUGCUCUUAGGGGCAGUGAUAAUUCAGUGGUUAAGGUUCAUUUCAAUAAUCAGAAGGUUGUCGGUUCAAGCCCCACCACCAUCAGGUUGCU